UGUAGUCUAGCUAGUAGAGCUUAUAAAUAGAGGGAGUAUAUAUGGAAUGGCACAAAGCAAGUAGCUCAUUAAUUAAUUUGCCUUCAAAUACAAACUUAGAAUAUACACAAACACAUAUUGAAUCACCAUGUCAUCGCCCAUUGCAGCUUCAACUCAUGCCUCUAUGAUCCAACAGAUUCCCACAUCGCCAGAGCAGAAACCUGAGCUCCCAGACCCCUUUAAGCUUGAUGACUAUCAGAUCCUCCACAAAGUUUAUCUGACUCAUGUCAAUGAUGAUGAGAAGUGUGAUAAGGACACCCUUUCAACUCUUGUGUCCAACAUUAUCUUGGGCUCAACUCAAAUUUCUGGAACUUCUCUGCUUCAUUCACAGAUUGCUCUCAAACCAGAUUUCCCAGCACUGAAGCGGAUCUCUUGUCAGAUGAUAACAACACGAGGCACUGCACAAUGUGCACACCAGAAAACAAUAUGGAUUCUCCAGCAGCUGAGAAGCUUCUCCUGGGAUGCAAAAGCACUGAUAGCUCUAGCUGCUUUCACUUUGGAAUAUGGUGAAUUUUGGCUCCUUUAUAGGAUUCCAACAUCAGAUCCACUUGGAAACUCACUGAAGCUACUGAACCAAGUGCAAAUCAGGAAAGUCCCUACUGAUCUUACAGAUCUGGUCAGUUUCUUGGUGCAAGUGUUUCAGGAGAUCAAAAAGUGGGCAUCAUGGUCUGCUUUUGGUUAUGAUUUAGAGGAAGUGCAUUCCUUGUCAGAUGCUAUACAAGAGAUCCCUCUUGUUGUGUAUUGGACAGUUGCUUCUAUUGUUGCAUGCUCUGGCAACCUUGUGGGUGUAUCGAAGUACAAUUUAUCAGAGUUUAAAACCAGGCUUUCAAUUAUGGUUGACAAGUUGAAGGAGCAUUUGCAGAAAUGCCAAGUGCAAAUAGAUAGAAUAGACCAUUACAGAAGCCGUAUGAACGCAUCAAAAAAUAUCAAAGAUGUUGUAGAUUUUUUGAAGCUUCUGAUCCUUAACGAUGAUGGAUCUCACAUACCCCAAUUAUAUGAAGACAACAUCAUAAUUAAAAAGGGUCUUGAAGUCUUCAAGCAGAAGUAUGUCUUGCUAUUCAUUUCGAGCCUCGACAGCAUUGGAGAUGAGAUCAUGCUUUUGAACUCAGUCUACAACAGAUUGCAGGAGAAUCCAAAAGAAGCAAAAAAAGGUUUCAGGAAAGAGGACUUCAAGAUUUUGUGGAUCCCCAUUGUGGAUAUAUGGGACGAGGUCCUCAAGACUCAAUUCAAAACUUUGAAGGAAAGCAUGAAAUGGCACGUUUUGGAGUACUUCUUUGAGUUACCAGGCCUUCGGAUAAUAAGGGAGAAAUUAAAUUAUUUUAAUGGCAAGCCUAUUGUGGCGGUGAUCAACCCUCAAGGUGUUAUAAUGAAUGAUAAUGCAUUGGACAUUAUUUUUCAAUGGGGGUUCGAUGCGUUUCCUUUCAGGAAAAGUGAUGGCGAUGAUCUCAUUAAAAAAUGGAGCUGGUUCUGGAAUUUGAUGAAGAAAGCAGAUCUUAAUAUAGAGGACUUUGGAAGUGAUAGUUACAUCUUCAUCUACGGAGGCAACGAUCCCAAGUGGAUCCGCGACUUCACAACCGCAAUUGCGAAAAUAAAAAAGCAUGAGAAAAUCAAGAACGUGGAUGUGACCAUAGAGCACUACCAGCUAGGGAAGAACAAUCCAACAAAGGUUCCAUAUUUCUGGAUGGGCGUGGACGGGAAGAAGGUUAGCCAGAAGUGUCAGGACCCGGUGGACUGUGAGAUUCAAGAAGCUGUGAAGAGCUUGCUCUGCCUGAAGCAAGACCCAACUGGAUGGGUGCUUCUCAGCAAAGGGUAUCACGUGAUGCUUCUCGGUCACGGCGAGCCGGUGUAUCAAACUGUUGCUGAUUUUGAGUUGUGGAAGCACAAGGUGCUUGAGAAAGAAGGGUUUGAUGUUGCUUUUAAAGAAUACUAUAAUGGUAAGGUUAAGGAGUUAUAUUCACGUAACCAAUGCGCUGUUAUCAAUGUGGAUAACCAUGCUGCUUCAAAUUUGCUAGCAACAAUUACUUGCCCAAAUCCACCUUGUGGCCGUGUGAUGGAGGUUACCUCUGUCAAUUACAGGUGCUGCCACCAUGAUGAUCCAAACAGUUGCAGUAUCUGAUGAUGUGUUUGGACUGAGAAGUACCUUCCAUAUUUUGUUGAUCUGCUAGCUUAAGCAUGAAGUUUCAAUUCUAUUUUUGUUUGUUUUGUUUACUUUUAUAUGUAUGUGUGAUUGUGUGUCAAGAUUCAGACAUAUACUUUGUGUCUUGUAGCCACUUUUGUUCAACUUGUAUGGGUUGAAACUAAAUAAUGGCUUCAAUUUGUCUGUAUGAUGUAGAAUUUCUUUAUUGAAUAAGAUUAGUUAUGCAUAUGCUA